AUGGCCAGAAAGCGAAUUCAAAAUGUUGAUCCAUCUCUAGAUGACAAUGAUGACAAAGAGAACAACGAAAACAAUCAUCCAGCCAAAAAAAAGAAGGCUCCCAAUUAUACCGAACCCAAGGACUUUGAGGUAUGUCGAGCCUGGGUUCAGGUAUCUGAAGACCCCAUGGUUGGAACAAAUCAAGAUGGCAACACGUUCUGGUCUUGCGUUUCCACGUUAUAUCACGAAGCGGUUCCAGACCCAAUUCAACCCGUCGAUAGCUUGAAGAAGAGAUGGAGCAACUACUUACAACCAUCGAUCAAUAAAUUUCACGGUUUUGUCAACCUUGUCGAAUCUCGCAACGAGAGCGGGGCAUCUGCAGAAGAUCAGCUCAACCAAGAUCUCCGCCUUUACUCGCAGGACCAGCAAUCUCAUUUCAAGUAUCUCCGCUGCUACAAACUCCUCGUCAAAAGUCCCAAAUGGCACAACUACUGCCGCGAUAACAAUAAGAGGGGAGAGAAAAAACGAGCCAGAAGCCCUAGUAGUGAAGCGCUGUAA